CGCUCUGCUACGAGAGUGAGGCAAGCGUCGCAAACGCGCGACGGCAGACGGGAAAGGCACUGGUGGAAAAUUCAGGACGACUCACAUAUUCUUAUUGUAUGGCCCCUUUAUCAUCCAUGAUGAAUUCUUUUCAAGGGCCACUCUCCCAAGAAGGAAAACUACAGGAACGAAAAAGCGCGGACAAAGAGGAGGCUCAAACCAACGAUAAAGCGGCUGUCAAGGGAUGUAAAGGCAAGCUGAGUCUUCCGUUCAGUGUGGAAUCUUUAAUAUCGGACAGAACAAGCACGCGGACUUUAUACACGUCGUCUGAAGCUGGUAUUACAUCUCCGACGUCCGGUGGAGACGAGCGGCUGAGGCUCUCGCCCAUGGCUCUUUACGCGGACAGAAAGAUCCCAGCGGACAGCGUCUCCAACCUAUCCGACUGCAAGAGAGGAGAUAUGGAAGAGCUAACUGACAAGGGACAGUCCGGCUGGUUUCAGACGCCCUCGUACACUUCUCCGCCAAGGCACUCGAGUCCACCUCCGUGCACCCUCAGAAAGCAUAAGAACAACCGGAAACCGCGGACCCCGUUCACCACCUCGCAGCUGCUCGCUUUGGAGAGAAAGUUUCGUCAAAAACAGUAUCUUUCUAUCGCGGAGAGAGCGGAAUUUUCGAAUUCACUCAACCUCACAGAGACCCAAGUUAAAAUCUGGUUUCAAAACAGGCGGGCGAAGGCGAAAAGACUUCAAGAGGCCGAACUAGAGAAACUCAAGCUCGCGACCAAGCCAUUAUUACCUGCGUUCGCCUUCCCGUUCCCCCUCGGAACGCACGUUGGUUCUCCGCCACUCUACGGACCGUCUAGUUCCUUUCCUAGACCUGCGUUACCAGUCCCAGGACUUUUCGGAGGGCCAGUGACCUACGGGAUGUAUUAUUUGUCUUAACCGUGUGAGCACGUCCUUCAAUUCGCCGUCUGUAGCCGCCGCGGUCCUGCCAGCCAGAAGACGAGUGAAAUAGUAAAUAGGCUACGUUUUCGUUUAAAGAACUCUGCAGCAAUUUAAAAGAAAUGGUCAUUGUGAUCUGCGCAGUUUAGUCCAAAAGUGAGAGUCCGCGAAUUGGCUUUAAAAGUGCAAUCGAUCUUCCCCGGGAUGCUUUACCUCGCAUUAGGCUCAGAAAAUAAUUUCCAAGAGAUUAUUUCUACUGAGGGCACAGCCGAUUCGGCAAGUGUCUAGAUCAGCAUCACUUGUUGAUGAGUGAUGCGCUAGAAAACACCUAGUGUGCUCUGAAAUGCAUAGGCCUGUGUAUCUGCGCCAGUCCCAACAAAGCUCUUAGAUUAAAGAAAUUGCCUUUUAAUUAUUACUAAGGCUUUUCUAACUUAUAGAGCUUGUUGCGACUGAAGGCAGAAUCAUAAAGUAAAAAAUUAUAAACAUUGAUUACGGUUCAACUAUGUCUCAUGGCAUCGCUACUUUCCAUUACUUGACUAUAGGCUGCCAGAUGCAGGCCUAAAUGGAUAGUCAUUGUGAGCUUUUUUUUUUUUUUUUUUUUUUUUUUAAGAAUACGUGUAUUUUCACGCAAACCAAAUAUUUUGUAGUAUAUUACAAAGAUUGUACCCAGUUAGUUACAAUUCGCGAAAUGUACACUGCCAAUAGCUCCACGCGUCGUUUUCUUUCCUUUUUUCGUUAACUGGACAGGCUACCCGGUUUUAGAUUGACAUUCGUAGCUUGUUAUUCUGUCGGGUCUUUAUUGAAGAGGACCUAGAUGCAGAGACAACCAGCAGCAUCAUUAUACCGUCAUUUUCUAAAUCUUUCCUCCCAAACGUUUUCACAUGUCGUUGGAUACAGAGUCCUGUGUUUAUUGUUUUGUUUUGUUUUUUUCGCCUGUUUAGCCAUAAUCCCUUCAGUAGACUACAUGUAUGCUAGUUUGCUAGGUUCUAAGAUUAAUGUCUAGAUUUUUAUUAUUGUAAAUACACGUAUAUAUUACAGAUUUUGCAUUCCCCAUUUGAAUAAAUUACAAAUAGGAUUGCUGAUAUUUAUACACUGUGUUUACAUUUAUCUCCUGUAAAUUAUUGUAUAUUUUAUAUGUAUAUACAAAUUAGAAAAAUAAUCUUUUGCAUUAAAAAAUAAA